GCCACAGACGACGCCAUAUUGGUACUUGAAGCAAAAGCGGCCGCCGCACAGUUCCGUAUCGGUCCGCGUAAUCUGUCCCGUUAGUGCCGGUAAAAGUGUUCCGUUCGCGGUCGAAAGUGGUCCCACCGGAAGCGCUAGGUUCCGGCGCACAUUUCCUGCUAGUUUAGAGCACCGCAGCGAUGGCGUCCGACGACGAAAUCGACGAAUCUCUCGCCGAGGAGGAGACCGGCCAGGAGGACGCCGAGGCCAAGUCCCCGCUGGACGGCGAGGAAAACUCCGAGGACGAAGCGCUCAAGAGUCUGGCGCAGGCGGCGCAGGACGAGGACGACGACUACGAGCCGGAGGACAACCGCAGCAAGAAGAGCAAGAAGGGCAAGAAGCGCAAAGCCCGCGGGGAAGAGAAGAGCAAAGCUCGGAAGAAGAAGAAGCGCAAGAAGAACGACAGUGGCGAGGAGAGCGACGUCAGGGGGAGUGAUGAGGGAGGGGCGGGUGCGGGAGCGGGGGGUGAUUCGGACUAUGAAAAGCCGACGAAGCGGAGUGGAAGGGACAAGAAGAAGGGGAAGGAUGAUAAGGGAAAGGAGGAGAAGAAGGGAGGAGGAGGAGGUGGGGCGGAUUAUAAUAUGCCGUCGAUUGAGGAGGUUUGCAGUACGUUCGAUUUGACGGAUGUGAAGAUCGAGUACAGCGAUGAGGAUUAUGACAACUUGACGACGUACAAGGCGUUUAUUGCGCACGUGCGACCGAUUCUGGGCAAGGAGAACCCGAAGGUGCCGAUUUCGAAGCUGAUGAUGCUGGUGGCGGCCAAGUGGCGCGAGUUUAGCGAGGAGAACCCGAACCUGCAGGGUGAGGGUGGCGAGGAGGACAAGCAGGACGAGGAACCGCCGGCGUCGCCGGAGUACGUGCCCAAGUCGAGUCGAUCGCGGAACAAGACGGAGAAGCGUGACGACGACAUGAUCUACGACGACGAGGACGAUGAGGACGAGGAAGAGUUGGAGCGCGAGCGGAGCCGGAAGAAGGGCAAGAAGGGAGGCGGGUCGAGCGCGAAGAAGGGCAAAAAGCCGAAGGUUCCGACGUUGAAGAUCAAGUUUGGCAAGCGGAAGAACGCCAGCUCGGAGGAGGAUCCGGACGCGAGUGGCGGCUCGGACCGGGACUCGGACGCGGAGUUUGAGAAGAUGCUGCAGCAAAGUGAGGACAAGGCCGAAGAGGAGAAGGAGCGCAAGAGUGAGGCGGCGGUGGCGGCGCCGGAGGUGGACGAGGACGGGAAUCCGCUGCCGAAGAAGAAGGCCAAGACCAAGAUUGGAAAGCCGGGUAGUCGAUCCAAGAAGAAGGGCAAAGCCAAGAAGAGCAAGUUCCCGGACGGGGACGACGGCGAGCACGAGCACCAGGACUUUUGCGAGGUGUGCCAGCAGGGCGGCGAGAUCAUCCUGUGCGACACCUGUCCGAAGGCGUACCAUCUGGUGUGUCUGGAGCCGGAGCUGGAGGACACACCCGAGGGCAAGUGGUCCUGUCCGACGUGCGAGGCGGACGGUGGCGUGGCGGAAGACGACGACGACGAGCACCAGGAGUUCUGCCGGAUCUGCAAGGACGGCGGGGAGUUGCUGUGCUGCGACAUGUGUCCGUCGGCGUACCACACGUUCUGUUUGACGCCCCCGCUGGACGACAUUCCGGACGGGGACUGGAGGUGUCCGCGGUGCAGCUGUCCACCGUUGCAGUACAAGGUGCAGAAGAUUCUGACCUGGCGCUGGACGGACAAACCGAUUGACCCGAACGAGCCGGGUUCGUCGAAGGGGACGGGGCCGCGUCGUCGCGAGUACUUUGUCAAGUUCCAUGAGAUGUCGUACUGGCACUGCGAUUGGGUUACGGAGCUGCAGAUGGACGUGUACCACCCGUUGAUGUUCCGGUACUAUGCGAGAAAGAACGACAUGGAGGAACCGCCCAAGUUGGAGGAAGCUCUGGACGAGGACGAUAACCGGUACAAACGGUUGAUGAAGAUGCGCGAAGGAGGCGACAUGGACGACGCCGAGUUGGAGGAGAAGUACUACAAGUACGGUGUCAAGCCGGAGUGGCUGAAUGUGCACCGCGUGAUCAACCACCGGACGAUGCGCGACGGCCGCACCUUGUACUUUGUCAAGUGGCGUGAACUGCCGUACGAGGCGGCCACCUGGGAGGAAGAAGACGAUGAAGUCCCUGGCCUGAAGAACGCAAUCGAGUACUACAUGGAUCUGCGCGCCAACUGCAGCAACGAAAUCAACUCGUCCAGCAGCAGCAGCAGCAGCAAGAAGAGCAAGAAAAAGGGCCGCAAGUCUCGCACCAAGGAACUCGAGGACGAAGACCGCAUCGGACCACGUCGAUACACUCCACCGCCGGAGAAGCCCACAACGGAUCUGAGGCGCAAGUACGAGGUCCAACCGACCUACCUGGACGACACGGGAAUGAGACUUCACCCCUACCAGCUGGAAGGUAUCAACUGGUUGCGUUACUCCUGGUCCAACGAGACCGACACCAUUCUGGCCGACGAAAUGGGUCUGGGCAAAACCAUCCAAACGGCCACCUUCCUGUACUCGCUGUACAAGGAAGGUCACUGCAAGGGCCCGUUCCUGGUGGCGGUCCCGCUCUCCACCAUCAUCAACUGGGAGCGCGAGUUCGAAACCUGGGCCCCGGACUUUUACUGCAUCACGUACGUCGGUGACAAGGACUCGCGUGCGAUCAUCCGCGAGCACGAGCUGUCCUUCGAGGAGGGCGCCGUCCGCGGCGGUCGUGCCUCCAAGAUCCGCGCCAACACGAUCAAGUUCAACGUGCUGCUGACCUCGUACGAGAUGGUCUCGCUGGACGCCGCCUGUCUCGGCUCGAUCGACUGGUCCGUGCUGGUCGUCGACGAAGCCCAUCGGCUCAAGUCCAACCAGAGCAAGUUCUUCAAGGUGCUCGCCAACUACAACAUCGCGUACAAGCUGCUGCUCACGGGAACGCCGCUCCAGAACAAUUUGGAAGAGCUGUUCCAUUUGCUGAACUUUUUGAACAAGAACAAAUUCAACGACCUGGGCGUGUUCCAGAACGAGUUUGCCGACAUCAACAAGGAGGAUCAGGUCAAAAAGCUGCACGAGAUGUUGGGCCCGCACAUGCUGCGCCGUCUCAAGGCGGACGUGCUGAAGAACAUGCCCACCAAGUCGGAGUUUAUCGUGCGCGUGGAUCUGUCCCCGAUGCAGAAGAAGUACUACAAGUACAUCCUGACGCGUAACUUUGAGGCGCUCAAUCCGAAGGGCGGUGGCGGUGCCUGCUCGCUGAUCAACAUCAUGAUGGACCUGAAGAAGUGCUGCAACCAUCCGUAUCUGUUCCAGGCCGCGGUGGAGGAAGCUCCGCUUGGGCCGGGGGGAAAUUACGAAAUUACGGCGCUGACGAAGGCCGCCGGCAAGCUGGUGCUGCUGGAGAAGAUGUUGAAGCAGCUGAAGGAGACCGGACAUCGCGUGUUGAUCUUCUCGCAGAUGACCAAGAUGUUGGACAUUAUGGAGGACUUUUUGGAGGGGAUUGGAUACAAGUACGAGCGUAUUGAUGGUGGUAUUACGGGAACGCUGCGUCAGGAGGCGAUUGAUCGGUUCAACGCGCCGGGCGCGCAGCAGUUCUGCUUCCUGUUGUCGACCAAGGCCGGAGGUUUGGGUAUCAACUUGGCCACCGCCGAUACGGUUAUCAUCUACGACUCGGAUUGGAAUCCGCACAACGAUAUUCAGGCGUUUUCGCGUGCCCAUCGUAUCGGUCAGGCCAACAAGGUCAUGAUCUACCGGUUUGUGACGAGAAACUCGGUCGAAGAGCGUGUCACGCAGGUCGCCAAGCGCAAGAUGAUGUUGACUCACUUGGUGGUACGACCCGGAAUGGGUGGAAAGGGCGCUAACUUCACCAAGCAAGAGUUGGACGACAUUCUGCGGUUCGGUACGGAGGAGCUGUUCAAAGAAGACGGCAAGGACGAAGAAGCCAUCCAUUACGACGACAAGGCCGUCGCGGAACUGCUCGAUCGUACCAACAAGGGCGUCGAGGAGAAGGAAAACUGGUCCAACGACUAUCUGUCGUCGUUCAAGGUCGCUUCGUACACCACAAAAGAAGAUGUUGAGGAGGAGGUUGACACGGAGAUCAUCAAGCAGGACGCGGAAAAUUCCGACCCCGCGUACUGGGUCAAACUGCUCCGCCAUCACUACGAACAGCAGCAGGAAGACAUGUCCCGAACCCUCGGCAAGGGCAAGCGUGUCCGCAAGCAGGUCAACUACACCGACGGUGGCAUCGUCCAGACCGACGCCGUCAAGGAAGACUCCACCUGGCAGGAGAACCUCUCCGAUGGCAACUCGGACUACUCUGGCAAUUCGGACGACCCCGGCGAUGAGGACGACGAGGACGGUGAUCUGAACCGCCGCAGCAAGCGUCGCAUCGAACGUCGCGAAGCGGAACGCGACAACCGGCCACUCCCACCCCUGCUGGCCCGCGUCGGAGGAAACAUCGAAGUGCUCGGGUUCAACGCUCGCCAGCGCAAGAGCUUCCUGAACGCGAUCAUGCGCUACGGAAUGCCCCCACAGGACGCGUUCAACUCGCAGUGGCUCGUGCGCGAUCUGCGCGGCAAAUCCGAGCGUAACUUCAAGGCCUACGUCUCGCUGUUUAUGCGACAUCUGUGCGAACCCGGCGCGGACAACGCGGAAACCUUCGCCGAUGGCGUCCCUCGUGAAGGUCUCAGCCGGCAACAUGUCCUCACCCGAAUCGGCGUCAUGUCGCUCAUCCGCAAGAAGGUACAAGAGUUUGAGCACAUCAACGGCUACUACAGCAUGCCCGAGCUAAUCAAGAGGCCGUGCGAACCGGUCAAGAACGCUGCGGGAGGUGCGGCGGCGGCAGCGUCCACUUCAACGGCGGCUGAUGCGGCCAACAGUGAAACGCCGAAGUCGGCCACGACCAGCACGAGUGCGACACCGGCCACCAGCGCCGCUCCAAGUCCGGCUCCGACGCCGACCGCUGCCGACAAGGACGAUGAAGCUACUGGGGGAUCUUCGGAGGACAAGAAGGAAGGCGUUGACGCCGAUGAGAAGAAGGACGAAGGAGUCAAGAAGGAAGAUCCGGAGGCUGGUCCUUCUGGUGAAGACAAGUCCGAGGACGUCAAGAAAGAGGAGAAGUCGGAAGACAAGGAGGCUUCCGCGGAGGUCAAGUCCGAAAUUAAGAAGGAGGGCGAAUCGUCCGAGGACAAGAAGCCGGAAGUUUCGGAAGACUCCAAGGAGGACGUAAAAUCGGAAAAGCCCAAGGACGAGGAGGUUAAGAAGGAGGAGGGUACGGCGGAGACCGCGAAGGUGGCCAAGAAGGAAGAGGCUGACGAUGACGAUGUCAAGAUUACCGAGGAGAAGAAGCCGGUCGUUGAAGAUAAGCCGAUCGCGAUCGACGAUGACGACGACGACGUAGUGAUUGUGAAGGACGAUGACGAGGACGUCAAGAAGCCCGCCGGAAAGGCCGAUCCGAUCGAGGUGCACAAGCGAGUCUUCAUGUUCAACAUUGCCGACGGCGGAUUCACCGAGUUGCACACGCUGUGGAUCAACGAAGAGAAGGCGGCCGUCCCCGGCCGAGAGUACGAAAUCUGGCACCGCCGACACGACUACUGGCUACUGGCAGGAAUCGUGACGCACGGCUACGGCCGCUGGCAGGACAUCCAGAACGACAUCCGCUUCGCGAUCAUCAACGAACCGUUCAAGAUGGACGUCGGCAAGGGUAACUUCCUGGAAAUUAAGAACAAAUUCCUCGCCCGCCGCUUCAAGCUGCUCGAGCAGUCGCUGGUCAUCGAGGAGCAGCUGCGUCGCGCUGCCGUCCUCAACCUGGCCCAGGACGCGGCCCACCCGGCGAUGGCGCUGAACGCGCGCUUUGCCGAGGUCGAGUGCCUGGCCGAGUCGCACCAGCACCUGAGCAAGGAAUCUCUGGCCGGGAACAAACCGGCCAAUGCCGUCCUCCACAAGGUGCUGAACCAGCUGGAGGAGCUGCUGUCGGACAUGAAGAGCGACGUGUCGCGGCUACCGGCCACGCUGGCCCGCAUUCCGCCCGUGGCCCAGCGGCUGCAGAUGUCCGAGAGGUCGAUUCUGUCGCGGUUGGCAGCUACCGGGAACUCGGUGCAACCGAAUCCCCCCCUCGCGCAAUUCCCGGCCGGCUUCCAGGGCACGUCCCUGCCCGGGUUCGCCGCGGCCGCCGCCGCUGCCGCCAACUUUGCCAACUUCCGGCCCACGUUCUCGGUGCCCGGACAGCCCACGCCCAGCUACCCGGGCGCUUCCGGAUCGUCCAAAUAAGCAGCAGCAGAGCACUUGCACAAUCCUCCUUGCUAUUCAUUUUAACCCUCAACCCACCCACUUUGUGUUUAAUCAUUGUGACAACAUUUACUUUUUUGGGAAUUCCUUUUCCGUCGGAAAAGGAAGCAACUUUUUCUCUUCUGACUUUCCUGUGACUUUUAUUGUGUUGUCCGCCAGAGCUGUGCUAUCAAACGAAACCCAAUUUUGAUGAAAUGUGACAAUGUUCUCUGCCCCCUUCCGAAAUCUUAACUUUCCCCGUGUAAAGAUUUUUACUUCUUCUUCGUUUAUUUAUACACACACACACCAAGAAAAAUGCACAGUGCGCGAAAAUGGCAUAUAAAAAUAAAGGAAAAAAAAAACAAUUACACACACAUUAUGAUACGUUUUACAGUAAGAUAUAUUAGGAGUGAUAACGGCAAGUUUGAACCUAGAAUAUAACAAAUAAUACACUUGGUAUAGUUUCAACAGUAAUUCCAAAAUCAAGAAUAAACAAAAUGGCGUACGAUGUACACACACAUAAAAAAA